UAUGGCGGAUAGAGUAGGCGGAUUUUUAUGUAAAUGUGACAAAACUACCAAAUUGAUGAGAAGCAAUAGCUUUAUAAGGAAAAAUUGAGGGAACUUUUUGAAUCACACACAAUGUCAAGUGGAAAAGCACCAUCUGGGGCGAAACCGAAGCAGGCUUCUCAACAGACUAAAAACACCAGUCAAUCUGUCGCCCCUCGGGGUACAGGAAGGGGGACAGGUCGCGGAGCAGGGAGGGGAGCUGGGAGCCAGGCAUUGGUACCGCGUGGUAACAGACAGAUAGCCAUGACGAAAGACGCUGAAGGAAUGCUCAUCCCGGAGGGUUACACAGUGAGAAAAAUUCAGCCAGCAAAAAACUAUGAUGUGGUGUCUUUUGCAAGAGCGAUGAAUGAUGACUUUGCCCCGAGACUAAAAAAACUCUUUGAUCCUGAGACAGAGGCAGCCCUUGAAGCUCAGAAAACUGGUAUUUAUAUUGGAUGGAGGUGUCCAGAAUUCAAGCAUGAUUGUCAGAGAGUGAAUAAAAUGUCCAAAUGUUUUUGUGGUCACUUACUUGGGGAGCAUGAUAAAUAUACAGGUAAAAGUAUCCGUGUGCCGUGUAAACAGGGAGGCUGUAAAUGUAAGGCUUUUGCGUGGAUUCCGUCCCGACCUGAGGAUGUGGGAGAAUUUUGGUUCCAGAGGAGACGAGAUUUUGAUCCCAGCACGUGGCGAGCAAAAUGUCGAUGUAAGCACACCCACGAAGAGCAUGAUGCAGUAAUGAGGCGAUGUAAAUCACGAGGUUGCAGCUGUGGAAUGUUUGAUUCUAACUUCCUGUGCGCUGCUUGUGACAAGCAUUGGGAACAACAUGAAACGUUUUUCGAGACAGAGGAUGAACGAAGACAAAAUGGCCUCCCAGUUGGAGAAAUGUACUUGCCAUUUGCGGAGAUGCCAAAUCUACGUAACAUUGCCUUAACUGGGGACGAGUUUGAUGAUAGUACUUACCUGGCCCUGACUCAGGGGGAGGGGACUAUCCCCCAGUCCAGCAGACCUGUGGGUAAUGAAGCUCCUGUGAACUUUGGUGGGGGAUCAAAGAGUGGCUUCAAACCAGUAUACGACUAAACAGUGUCAAGUCCUGCAUGUAUCAGUGUGAUAUUUUAUAAUUAUAUUUAAAUUAUCAUUGCCACAGUUUAUGUGAUGUUGAUUUUGAUUUAGCAAUAUGGAUAUUUCUGAAUACAUUGUCUUUACUGUAUACUAAUUUAUGCCGCUAAUGAUUAAGAAAGGACAUAUUUGGGUUUCUGUACAAUAAGCACAUUUUUUAAAGAUUGAGUUAAUUCCCUUGAAAUGUGAUUUAUUUAUUAUGUCUGUCUUCUUCUUAUGUUUGUGUGUGUUGUCUUGUUACUUUAUUUUUCAAUUAAUUUUUUUUUUGGGGGGGAUUAAAUGAAUUGGAAUAUUAUGCAUGUAUAUACAUGUACAACAUAUUUUAAUUAGAAGAAUUCAGGAGGAUUGAAAUUUGGUUAUGUGCAUGAUACUGAUAAAGUAUUGUAGAUAAUAUAUUUUUAUAUAAAUAUUGUAUUAUAAUCUACAACUACACUUUAUACAUGUAUGUGUUCACAUGUAGCAGUUUGGUUAUUUGCACGCUUUCAAAUCGUAGAUUAGUUUGUCAUUGCUUUUGUAGUCAAUCAGACAUUGACUCAUGCAGUUGGCCUUGUGCUCAAAUCUCACAGUGCAUCAUCUUUUCUGUGCAUGCUUUUUUGUUUGUUUACAUUACUUCUUACUGGUCUCAGAAUUGUUCUAAUAAUCUAGGUUAUUAUUUUGUUUUUUAUUCCUUUUCAAGUGCUCAUAUGGUUAUUUGAUUCUAUUUUUUAAGGUCUAUUUUUGCAGAUAAAUACGUGAAAGUUACUGGCAUGGAAAUUACAUGCAAUUGUUCAGUUAUCAUCAUUUUUAUUUGUAUCUCUGUUUGUUUGUUAAAUGUUUGUUGUUUUUUUUCGUUUUAUUAUUGAUGGAAUAUACAUGAAGUACAAAUACAUCAAUUAACAACAAUACAUGGUAUUUUCACUACAUGUAUUCAUAUGUACCAGGCCAUGUGUUAUAAUAUAUUGGUGAGUCGAUAUUAUUUAGUUAACUUAAUUUAAUUAGUUAAUUGCCUUUGAAAAUGGUGCUUUUACUGUCACUAGAUCACAAGCCUUUGGAUCAUUUAAAUCUGACUUUAAAAAAAAUUGGGAUGCAUAUAAAAGGUAAUUUUUUUUACACCUCAGUUUUUUUGUAAACAAUCUAAAGGCCUAUGCUCUAGAUUUUUGCUUGUUUGUUUGUUAAUUUGUUUGUUUGGGUUUUUAUUGUUUUCAAUUAUUUUUGUUUCAGAAUAGAAAAAUACACUGUACAUGUAUUUGUAUAUAAGUUCAUAUAUGUAUAAUCAUAAUGUGAUGUACAGUUGCUGUUCCAUCCAGUUAUUCAUACCUACUUUAAAUUCUUUGAAAUUGCUUGUUUAUACCAUACAUGUAUAAACAUUGUAUAUUGUAGCAGUAUUUAUGGCACAUGUUUUCUCAUUCUUAGGCGAAGUCAAUUUUCAGUUUUGCAUAAGUAUGUUUACGGUCUGUGAUACAUAUACAUUUUUUAAUUUUUUUUUAAUUAGAAAUGUAUUUCUUUUCAUUUAGAAGGAAUCUGUUGAUUUAUCUGCUACAAGCAAUAUA